AUGUGUACAGAAAAAAUGAUCAAAAAUAACUCCGACACCAACUUAAAAAAGGAAUAUAAUGUUCUUCAAUGUACUAUCGAGCAUGGUCUUACUAUGCUCAAUGAUCGAAAUGAUUUAAUUAUUGAAUAUCAACGAUCAACAGCUUUAUUAAUUGAUAAAUCUAAUGAAUUAUUUCGUCAAGGUAUGGAACUUAUAUCGUUAAAUGAAUAG